GUGCCAAUGUAUUCAAAUGAAUAUUGUCAACUUGUUUCUGAAUUGCAUUCAGUGGAAGAAGUGUCCCAACGCGCCAGACAUUCUAUUGCUAUGUUGGAAUGGUCUGUGCUAAACUACGAAAUAUUAUUAAAAUCCGGUUGGAAUGGCCAACGUAAAUUUUAUACCAUUUCUACACCACGAAUUGAAUUUAAAUAUGUUUCGCAAAUUUUUGCACGACAUCCAAAUAACCAAGUUAGAUCAAUGGCUACGGCCCUAAGUUCGCUCAAAACUAAGGGAAGAAUUCAUUCUAGUGAAACCUCGCUUACUGUGCUUAUGCGUUGGUUAUUUAGAAGUAAAACGGAGUGCUAUUAUGAUAUUGAUGAGUUGACAGCCGUUUCAGUAAUCCUUGCUGUUUCUUUAUACCAAAGCACUCCCUGUCGUGGGUUUGGAAGUGUCUCAUCAGAGAGUCAUGUGAAAAUAGAACUAUGGUCCAAGAUUUUUUCGGCUGUUUUUGCACUUCAUAAUUCAAAAUUUCAUCCAACCUGGGAACUUCAGCACUUGAUUUCUGGAAACGCGGGUCGUGGCUCCUCCAGAUCCGAUUUUGCGGCGGUGGUUAACAAUCAAGACGGCUUGCAAUUUACAUUUUUUUUAGUUGAGUUCGAAAAGAAUGGAUUCGAAAUUCAUAAGGACAAUGUAGUGAUCAUAGCCGAGGCGGUUUAUGAACUCAACCGUAUCUUAAGUUUAAUACAUUAUCCCACGGAAGAAGAGGUCAACAAAAUUUGCUUGCACAUGGGUUUGGUGAAUCGGACGAAUAUUCAUUUGAAUACAUUGGCACCUGUAUACAAUCAAAAAGACGCAAC